CGCUUUGCCAUGCUGGUUAAGUGAUGUGGGCGUGUCAUCCAUGCCCUAUAUGUAAGCUACACAAAUCGACGAUUUACGACUCCUUUUUUGUAACUCUCCUGAAAUAAGCAUAAGCUGAGAUACACCGCGGAAGAUAAUUUCGCAAAAAUCGUCAUUCAUGUCGGGAACAUUGCAUUACGUUACAAAAACGUAGCACCUAUCAUAUACUGUCAUAAGUAACACGGGACGUUGUAAACACUUUUAGCCACAUUCAAAGCGUACUGGCAAUAGGAUUUUGUUUCCUUUUUUUUUUUUUUUUUUAACACCAAUUAAGGGGGGAGAAGGAAUGCUGUAAAAACAGCAGGGGCUUUAGUUCGAAGUAAGGGCUUCUUUACAAACAGACCACAUUUUUUUAAACCAACCAUCCUGGAAUGAGCGAACCAAUAAAUGUAAAGCAUAAGAUAGGAGAUACAUAUCGAAAGGUGUACUCAUAUUUUAAGCCAAUCACAAAUUCGUCUUCAUUUGUUAAAAAUGGGACACUGACCCCAGCGGAGUUUGUGGACGCGGGGGAUUUUCUGAAAACUGUUGAAAACGAUUGGCUGCUUCCAAGUUACGAAGAGGAGAACAACGCCACUGACAUAGAUGAGUACAUGCUUCAUUUGGAGCCCCCCCCCAGAAGUGCGCCCCUACAGGAAAAGGCGCAUAACCAACACGAUGACUCGGUGGAAGAAGACGACGAGGCCAUUGACAUAAAUAACUUUGACGCACACUUUGACCCAAACUUUGACCUCAUUAAGGAAGAUGACCCAGCCGCGCUGGACCACGCAGGGCUUUAUUCUUACAGUGGGCAGAAUGAUAACGUUAUGAAAAUACGCACGUACGAUGUGAGCAUAACCUACGACAAGUAUUAUGAAACUCCUCGGAUAUGGCUGUUUGGAUAUGACGAAAAUGGGCACCCGCUAAAAUCGGAGGAAAUUUUUGAAGACAUCUCUGCAGAGUACAGUUACGAGACGGUUACUUAUGACCCCCACCCGUGCACAGGUGUAAUGACUGCAUCUAUCCAUCCGUGCAGACACGGCGAAGCGAUGUUAAACAUUGUAAAAAAUUGGAUGAGCGAAGGAAAGGAACCGAGGCAUGAUCUGUACCUCCUAUUUCUUUUGAAGUUUGUCUCUGGCGUGAUACCAACGAUCGAGUAUGACUUCACAACGGAUAUAGAGCUCCCGAGGGAUGAUAGCCA